AUGGACACUCUCAAUGUCUUCGCGAAGCGCGACGAGCCAGAGAAGCCUAGCGAUGCCUCCAACUCGCUCUCUGGUCUCGUCUCGACUCUUGUGCCGACCCUGAUCAUCUCAGCGGUUAUGGUGCUGCUGUUCGUCAUCUUGCGCCGUAGCCAGCGCCGCCAGUACAUCCCCAGAACAUAUAUUGGAGCUCUUCGCGAGCAGGAGCGCACCCCGCCACCUGAACCGGGUUUCUUUGGAUGGCUCAAGUCCAUGUCAAAGCUGCCGGAUACCUAUGUCUUGCGCCACCAGUCUCUGGACGCCUACUUGUUGCUGCGCUACCUCAAGAUCGCGACCGCCAUCUGCUUCUUUGGAUGUUUUAUCACCUGGCCCGUGCUCUUCCCGGUCAACAUUACCGGUCAUGGAGGCCGUAAGCAGCUCGAUAUGCUUGCCAUUGGCAACGUCACCAACAAGAUUCCCGGUAACCUGAACCGGUUCUACGCCCACUGCUUCAUUGCAUGGAUUUUCGUCGGGUUUGUGUUCUGGAUGGUCACCCGUGAGCUGCUUUACUUUAUCAACUUGCGACAGGCUUACUUCAUGUCUCCGCUGUACGCUGAGCGCAUCUCCUCCAAGACCGUGCUCUUCACCUCCGUGCCGGCAGAGUACUGUGACGAGGCCAGGAUUCGCUCCAUGUAUGGAAACGACAAGGUCAAGAACGUCUGGCUCGUCACCGAUGUCAAGGAGCUCGAGAAACUGGUUGAGGAGCGUGACAAGGCCGCUUUCCGUCUCGAAGGCGCCGAGACCAAGCUCAUCAAGAUGGCCAACGUGGCCCGUGGCAAGGCUCUCCAGAAGGGAGCCGAGGUCGCCGACCCCGCUGCUGAAGGAAACAUUGGUGAAGCUGAGUCUGGCUCCGUCGCCGCUCGAUGGGUUAAGCCUUCGAAGAGACCAACUCACAGACUCCUCCCCAUCAUCGGCAGAAAGGUCGACACCAUCAACUGGACUCGCGAGGAAAUCGGACGUUUGACCCCUCUUAUCGAUGAAAUGCAGAACCGCCACAUCAACGGUGACGCAACACGCAUCUCGGCCGUUUUUGUGGAAUUCUACACCCAGAAUGAGGCGCAAGCCGCUUAUCAGAUGUUGGCCCAUAACCUACCACUACACAUGGCUCCUCGCUACAUUGGUCUCGGCCCAGAUGAAAUCAUCUGGUCCAACCUGCGCAUCAAAUGGUGGGAACUCAUCAUUCGUUACGCUGUCACCGUCUCUGCCGUCACUGCUCUCAUUAUCUUCUGGGCCAUCCCCGUUGCCGCUGUUGGUGCCAUCUCCAACAUCAACUUCCUUAUGGAGAAGGUUCCAUUCUUGAGAUUCAUCGGCCGUAUCCCACCUGUCAUCCUCGGUGUUGUGACUGCACUGCUCCCAACUAUCCUGCUCUCCGUCCUCAUGGCCCUGUUGCCAAUUGUUCUCCGACUCCUUGCUAAGCUCGGAGGAUGCCCCACAAAGGCUGCCGUCGAGUUGCGCACCCAGAACUUCUACUUUGGUUUCCAAGUCGUUCAGGUCUUUUUGGUUGUCACCCUCUCCUCUGCGGCUUCCAGCGCCGUCAGCGAUAUCAUCAAGAAUCCUACCUCGGCUCCUGGCUUGCUCGCCCGAAGCAUCCCAACCGUUUCCAACUUCUACAUCUCUUACAUUAUCCUUCAGGGUUUGACUUUCAGUGCUGGUGCCCUGCUCCAGAUCUCGGGCCUGAUCAUCUCUAAAAUUCUUGGUAUGAUUUUGGACAACACUCCGAGAAAGAUGUACACCCGCUGGUCCUCCCUUGCCGGUAUGGGAUGGGGUACCAUCUUGCCCGUUCUCACUAAUUUGGUCGUCAUUGCCAUCACCUACGGAGCUAUCGCCCCCUUGGUCCUUGGAUUCGGUGCCAUUGGCAUGUUCCUGUUCUAUUUCUCCUUCCGCUACAAUCUUUUGUAUGUCAACGACACCGAUAUUGACACCAAGGGUAUGAUCUAUCCACGCGCCCUCAAGCAGACUCUUGUUGGCUGCUACCUUCUCAUCAUCUGUUUGAUUGGUCUUUUCGCCAUCGGCACUGCUUCUGACAGGGCUGCCACUGGUCCCAUGGUUCUCAUGAUUAUCUUCUUGGUCUUCACCGUCCUUUACCAUGUUUCUCUGCUCAACGCUGUGAACCCACUUCUCAAGUACCUGCCAAAGAACCUCGAGGCAGUUGAAGAACAACACCAGGCUCUUCUCGCUCAGAACAACGGACAACAAGCUCCUGACUCCCGCAACGGUGAUGCCGAGAAGGCUGGCGGCCCCUCUGGCAAGAAGCCGAACAUGUUCGCCAAGUUCUUCGCACCACACAAGUAUGAGUCUUACGAACAGCUCCGCGAGCUCGUUCCCCACGGUGCGUUCGAUACCGACUAUCCCACCGAAGUGGAGAAAAACGCUUACUACCACCCAUCCAUCACCUCAACGGCGCCAUUACUCUGGAUUCCUCGUGAUGAAGCUGGUGUCUCUCGCCAAGAAGUCUUGCACACUAGCCGUUACAUUCCGAUCACCGAUGAUGACGCCACCAUGGACACUAAGGGCAAGAUUGCAUGGGACGAAGAGAGGGGCCUGCCUCCUAUUCAUGAAGAGAAGAUCUACUACUAG